AGAAAAACAGAGGGCGGGAGAGACUGAAAUGGUGUAAAGAACAUCGCAUCAUUCCAGCUGGCUGCGUCUGGAAUAGUGGCGCGUGGAGAAUGGGAUUGGGCUGCCUUGCCCAGGCAGGCACCGGAGCACCAGUGCCUUUUCAACGGAUGUUCACUCAAACCCCUUCUAGCAGCGAAGUCGUCUCCUCACAGUGCUUUCCCCACGGCUGGAGAUAACCUAAGGAAUACAAAGAUUUCGAAGGAAAUCCAGCUCCAUUCAUUCACCUGAGUGUUUCCACAGUUGCUGUUGAUGGGAGAACAUCAUUCCUCUCUGUGUUGACUGCACCAGGCCCCGAUCUCUGACAUGGUCACAUGACUGCGGCUCUUCAACAACAAGCCAAUCUUGCCUGCCUUUGGAUGAGCCUUUGACCACUUUCAAUUUUGACAUAAGACUGUUUUGUUUUGCCCUCAGGAACAUAGACUCAAGCAUAUGCAUAUACCUUCCUACACAAACGCAGGCACACCUACUCACUUCAUUGCACACAUGCUACUGACUUGCCAUGAAUCUGACAGUGAAGUUGAGGCGAAACCUGCGGCGGCUAGUGAUCUUGUUGGCCACCUUUUGUGUGGUCAGUGUGCUGGUGUCAGCAUAUUACCUGUAUGCCGGGUCCACCCAGGAGCUGGAGCUGACAGAUGGAGCCUCCGGACCCGACUGUUCAGAUACACAAGCUCUGCCCUACCGCCAGGCCGAGCCGCGGACACCUAGGCCCAUUGACACCACCCGCAAGGACGCGGUAGUGCUGGUGUUUAUUGAGAGUCAGUACUCCCAGUUGGGACAGGACAUCAUCGCCAUCCUCGAGUCCAACCAGUUUCAGUACCAUUCUGAGAUUGCCCCCGGUAAAGGGGAUAUUCCCCCACUCACUCACAAGGGUCGCGGACGCUAUGCGCUCAUUAUAUACGAGAACUUGCUCAAGUACACAAACAUGGACGCCUGGAACAGAGAUCUGCUCGACAAGUACUGUGCUGAAUUUAGUGUGGGCGUCAUUGGGUUCCAUCGGGCAAGUGAGAACUCUCCAGCAGUCCUACGCCUGCGCAGCUUUCCUGUGAUCAUGCACACUAACAUAGGACUGCAGGACUGCUGUGUCAACCCACGAUCACCCCUACUGUACAUCACCAAAGCUGAGUUAGACCGUGGCCUGUUGCCGGGAGAUGACUGGACCAUCUUCCUGUCCAACCAUUCUACUUAUGAGCCCGUGCUUCUGGCUAAGCCGCACCUAGCAAAGCGUGGCAGCCUCCAGGAGCCCCUGGCCUCCACCCCUCUGCUUGCCACGGUAGUUCAGGACCUAGGGCUGUUUGAUGGUGUCCAGCGCGUGCUGUUUGGCCACGGACUGAGUUACUGGCUCCAUCGCCUGAUCUUCGUGGACGCCAUCUCUUAUCUCACCGGCCGCAAACUUUCUCGCUCUCUAGAGCGCUACAUCCUGGUGGACAUUGAUGAUAUCUUCGUGGGGAAGAAGGGAACGAGAAUGAAUGUCAAUGAUGUGAAGGCUCUGCUAGAAACCCAGCAACUUCUGCGCUCUCAGAUAUCUAACUUCACAUUUAAUCUUGGUUUCUCUGGAAAAUUCUUCCACACAGGUACUGGCGAGGAGGAUGCUGGUGAUGACCUGCUGUUGAAGUAUGUGGAUGAGUUCUGGUGGUUUCCUCACAUGUGGAGCCACAUGCAGCCGCAUCUAUUCCACAACCAGUCCUCUCUACUGGAGCAGAUGAUCCUCAACAAGGAAUUUGCUUUGGAUCAUGGCAUUCCCACAGAUAUGGGCUAUGCUGUGGCCCCCCACCACUCUGGGGUGUACCCAGUACAUAUACAGCUUUACGAGUCGUGGAAGAAGGCCUGGGGCAUUAGAGUGACCAGCACUGAGGAGUACCCCCACCUGAAACCAGCACGCCACCGCAAGGGCUUCGUCCACAACAACAUCAUGGUGCUUCCCCGCCAGACAUGUGGCUUGUUCACACAUACCAUCUUCUAUAAGGAGUAUCCCGGGGGGCCCAAGGAGCUGGACCAGAGCAUCCAAGGAGGGGAGCUCUUCCUCACGGUCCUGCUAAACCCAAUCAGCAUCUUCAUGACUCACCUGUCAAACUAUGGGAAUGAUCGUCUGGGCCUGUACACGUUCGCCAACCUGGCCACCUUUCUCAGGUGCUGGACCAACUUGAGGCUCCACACGCUGCCGCCUCUGCAGCUUGCUCACAAGUACUUCCAGCUCUUUCCUGAGCAGAGGCAUCCACUCUGGCAGAAUCCUUGUGAUGACAAGAGGCAUAAAGACAUCUGGUCCAAGGAGAAGACUUGCGACAGAUUGCCAAAGUUCCUGGUCAUCGGGCCACAGAAGACAGGAACUACAGCGUUGUACCUCUUCCUCAUAAUGCAUCCGUCCAUUUCCUCUAACUUCCCCUCUGCAAAAACGUUUGAGGAGGUUCAGUUCUUCAACACCCAUAACUACCACAAAGGGAUAGAUUGGUACAUGGAGUUCUUCCCUGUGCCAUCUAAUGCCACGACUGACUUCCUGUUUGAGAAGAGUGCAAACUACUUCCCCUCAGAGGAGUCGCCGAGGCGAGCUGCUGCCCUGCUGCCCAGGGCCAAGAUCAUCACCCUCCUCAUCAACCCCUCAGACAGGGCCUACUCCUGGUACCAGCACCAGCGGGCCCAUGAGGAUCGCACAGCUCUGCGCUACAGCUUCUACGAGGUGAUCUCAGCCGGACACGAGGCCCCCGCUGACCUGCGCUCCCUGCAGAACCGCUGCCUCCUGCCCGGCCUCUACGCCGUCCACAUGGAGCGAUGGCUCACACACUACCCAGCCAACCAGCUCCUGAUAAUUGAUGGGCAGCAAUUGAGGAACGACCCUGCAGCUGUCAUGGAUGAGUUACAGAAGUUCCUAGGUGUGUCUCCGCACUACAACUACUCACAGGCCCUCACGUUUGACCGCCAGAAGGGAUUCUGGUGCCAGCUGUUGGAAGGAGGGAGGACUAAAUGUCUUGGAAAGAGCAAAGGCAGGAAGUAUCCCCCCAUGGACAUAGAAUCUCGUGCAUUCCUGUCGCAUUACUACCGAGACCAUAAUGUGGAACUAUCCAAGCUGCUGCAUAGACUGGGUCAGCCUUUGCCCUCAUGGCUCAGAGAGGAGCUGCAGAAAGUCAGAUAACCUUAUACAUGGCAGACCAAGAGAAACGCCGGAAGAAGAGAAGAGAAAGAGUGAGACAGACCUUAGAUGGUAAAGCAGAGGAGAUGGAGAGCACCGAAUGGUUGCAGAGAGAUCCGUUAGGCCUUCAAUUCCAGCGUGCACCCUGCAGCAAACCCUGACAGGAGGCAGCAGGCUCCAGAGCAAAUGGAGUGGAGCGAAGCAGGGCACGGAGAUGGAGGACAGGGGAAGAAGGAGAGGACAGCAGGGAACGACUGAUUAAGGGCAUGAUGGAUUGAGUGUGGAGGAACAAGGAGGCGAGGAGCCAGCUGGAACCAGCCCAGGGAUAAGACCAUGGGCCAGUGAUUUCAGUGCUGGAGACUAUUGGAGUCUAUUUGGUGACCAAUUUGCACUAUGUUUUAGUAUGUUUGAGUAUAUGUGAUCAUGUAUACACACAGAUGGAACAA